AUGGAUUACAAUAUAGAGUAUCAAAUCGCGAAAAAACGCGUCUUUAAGACUAUCGGACUACGAUUAGCGCCAUGUGGGCCACCAAACUACAAUCUGAACGGGAAACCAUAUCAGCCAUGGUUUGCGCCGCCACAUGCCCUUUUCGAUCGAAUGGGCGGUGAAGGCUACGGCGGCUGCGAAUUCGGCUGGCGGAAAGAUCCUGUAUACAGUCUUGUCAGCGACAAUGGUGCAAUCAACGGGCUCAAUCCUCCACCAACGGCAAGACUUCGCCGGGAUCAGAGAGCGGAGAUAGAAACGAGGCCUGGUAUCGCCAUGGGUGUGCAUUCGGUUGAUAAUGGUCCGAUCAACGGGCCUAAUCUUUCACAGCAUAGGAGAAUUGCAGCAACAGCUCAUGGAGGACCUCAGAUGCCUGCAACAACUCCAGAUCCGACUUAG